ACUCGUGUUCACUCCUGGCCCCCUUAUUGUACACGCACUCACAGCGUGCACAGCUUCCCACAUCGGCCAACGCCGUACUCUCUGUUCUGCUAUUUUGGUAAAAAAGAAAUUAGCUCGGCGGUCAACCUAAUUUUUUUCGCUCAAAUCUCAAUAUGAUAAGAUUUGAUAACGGGGAUGGCCACCCAACUAUCAGUAUAGAAUUAAGGGGUUUUAAAAAUGGAAACAAACGACGUCUUGUCGUUGCAAACAGAAUAUGCUGAAGAGCAACGUCCCUCAACUCAAAAAGAUAGCAAACUGCACAAGGAGCAUACCGUGGCAAAUCUAUGUUUUUAUGAAAAUGAAAAAAAUAAAGACGUUGAGGCCUGCAUUCUAGUUGCUAGUUAUGAGUUUAAAUUUGAUGAUGUACUGCGCCGAGAUGGGAAUGAAAUUGAUAUUGCCAAAUUGAGGAAUAGCUUCGAGGAAAAUAGGAAAUGUAAAUUCAAAUCACUGGUUUCCCCGACAGUUGAGGAUCUACUGGCAAUACUCUCAGACGAGGAAAAAUUGAAAAGGGAGUUUAACAUUGCAGAAAUUCCAUCAGUUUUUUUUCUCUUUAUCUUAUCGCACGGAGAGGAAAACAAUAUCAUUUUGACAGACCACAAGGAUGAAAAUGAUGAAUACAUUUUAUUUAAGACAACUCAGGUCACUGAAGCAAUUAAACAGACACCAAACUUAUGGAAGCAGCUCAAUGUCAUUUUCUUUGGUGCUUGCCGUGGACAACUUAGUGACCAUGAAAAUCCCAUGGAAUCAAAGCCAUACCCAUACAAUAACAAAGCAUCUAGCAGGGUGACAAAUAUGCCUGGAGCACAGAAUUUUGUACUAGUCUAUUCCACAGUUGAAACAAUGAUGUCUAACAGACAUUCAGAGAAUGGCACAUGGAUGGUUCAAAAUAUUUGCUUGCAAUUGGACACACUUAGGGAGGAUGAACCACUUGAGACAUUUCUUAGCAAGUUCCAAAACUCCAUUCAUAGGAAGCUAGCAGGAAAAGAUGGUCAAACGCCCGAGGUUAAAUAUACUUCGCACAAGAAACUUUUUCUGCGCAGAGCCUUAAAUUACGAAAUAAGUGGGAAAAAAAGUGGAGAUUCAAAAUCCCGCACAGAAGAGGUGGUGUCUCUUGAACGGUUUUCGUACUUUCAAUGGUGCAAAGAAAACACCGGAUUAGACAGAUUUUCAGAAAUUCGAGGAAGAUGGGCAGUUAUUUUCAGCAAUAAAACAUUGUGCCCACUUGCUUUGCGUACAGAAGAAGCCCUGCGUGAAAAUUUAAAUUUUGAGACUGAAAUUCUCGAAUGUAGCACGCAAAAUUUGCAUGCUCUUCACGAAAAAAUACAAGGUGAGCAGAGCUACGUUGGCUGCUUCUUAGCAGUCUAUUUCGCGCCACUGACUAUGGACAAAGAUGACGAGGUUUGCGUUCGAAUUGGGAACAAGCCUGUCAAAGUCGGAGACUUGGUCUACAAAUUUUUUGGGCCUGCAAAUUCAAAGUGGAUUGCGAGGCCAAAAUUAUUUUUCUUUGUCAACCAAAUGGAUUUUUCUGACACGAUUUUAACAGAAAACGCUCCACUCAAAUUAUCUGGAACAAAUCAUUCGGGCUCGCUUGUAUGCAUUCUCACAGCUGUUGAAUCAGCGGCAAAACUUAUUAAGCUUUUUGAAAACAAAGCUUUGCACGGUAAGGCAAACAUUCUUGAAUUGAGUUUGGAACUUCUCAGGGAAGAUCAAGAUUUGACUGGCUCAGUGAUUCCGCAAAUUUCAACCACCCUACAAUAUUUGCUCGACUUCCCAAAAUGGCCUAGAAUCUUCAUCGAGCCAUCAUUUUCCGGAAUAAAAUACAAUCAAGAUGUAAGCGAUGUUGAAAAAGACGGAGUGAUGGUCACAAAUACAUACUGGAAACUCAUUAACAGAGAGUCGCAAGAAGAGAGGGAAAUAACAUUUAAACAAUUGAAAGACAAGUUUAAAUUAAAACUUUUAAACGCUGUCAAUGAGGAAAAUGCCAUUUGGAUUUUAUCCUCCCACCCUGGCACGGGAAAAUCCAAGGUCCUUGAAGAACUGAAAUUCUUCUUUACGUAUACCCAGAAAGAAAAACAUAUUAUCAGUAUUCGACUCCCAGAACAUUGUCUGUUUUUGAAGAAGACACAAGAGCCUACGGUUGAAGGGCUUUUGAAACAAGCAAGCGAGUUCAGUUUGCAUGUGGAUAAACUGUUGGAGAGCAAGAAACUAGUGGUUCUGAUUGACGAGUUUGAUGAAGUUUGUCCACUAUUCCGAAGUAAAGUAUUGAGAUUGAUUUUAAAACUAGUCGAGCUUAAAGUACCUCUAGUCGUUGCAACUCGACCACACGAGGAGGAAUGCAUCAAGAAAACUAUUGGGAACAUAUAUUACAAACUAGAAAUUAACUCAUUCAAUGAAGAACAACAACUUGAAUUACUGAGGCAAAUGCGCAUGAUAGCAGAUAAAGAACAGAAUUUGAAGAUUCUUCAAGAGAUCAAAACAUUUGGAACAGCCGAAAUCAUCAAAAAUCCUCUACAUUUGGUACUUUGUGUUCAGUUUAUGAAGAACGACAAAGAAAAAAAAAUUGCAAACUUAUACCAGCUAUACGAAGGUGUCAUUAUUGAAAUGAUUGAGAAAGCUGUGACCGAAAAGGGAGGAAUUAAAGAAAAAGAAACAAUUGCCUUCAUGGAAAUGUUUGAUAAACUCGAAUCAUUGCUGCAAGAUUAUGCAAUUCAAACAAUGCUUAACAAAGAAGAUCGAAAAUGGAGCAAUGAUGAUAUUAGAAGCAUUAAUAAGACUGGCUUGGCUUAUAUACAAGAAAAUUAUUCAAGAUUUGUGCACAAGACAUUUGCCGAGUUUCUUGUGACCAAAAAGUUCAUAACAGACUUAGAUGAAAAAUCAACCUUGGACAUUCAUAUCUUUUCAAAAGAAGAUUUCAGACAGUGCCGGUGGUUUUACGAUUGCUUCGUUCCAACUGCAACUACAAAUCAUUUGUCUAGCCUCCAAAAUUAUUUAGAAAACGUUCCAAAAAAAAAUAUCCUCACAACGAUUUUGGAUGAAGGACUUUGGAAUAUACUAGAGUUGAUAGAGCCACAUGUCCUAUUUGAAGAAUCUAAAAGACACCAAGCGCAACCACAGUUUGAAUCAGAGGAAGAGAAACUUUUAUCCACUGACAGGCGAGAGCUAAUAAAUUAUGUAAAUCGCAUGACUCGCCUCGGACCUCCAAAGUGGCAGGAAGAAACGUGCGAACCUAGCCAAGACGAAAUGCAAUACAGGAUCUCAUAUUAUGACAUGUUAAAAAUUCUUUGCAGAACUAACGAGGACAUGGCCAUUCGAUUUCUGAGAAAGCAUGCUAACCUGGUUAGACAAGAAGAGGAUUGGUUUGAUAAACUUUCCAAUUUAAUUGAAAUAAUGGCCUCUCAAAAUUUCUCGAAAUUAUUCCGUCAACUACAAGAAACGUUCUCAGAUGUAAACGAGGCUCUAAGGCUCACCAACAAUUCAAUGGCAUUUUUGGAAGCAGCUAAGAGUAAUAGCAUCAACAUGAUUGAACUGCUUAUAGAAAGUGGCAUCAACGUUAACAUUCAGGAUGAAGUUGGAAAAACUGCUCUUCAUUUAGCGAUCAGUGAAAGACACUAUGACUGCGUUUUGAAACUUCUCGAAAAUCUUGCAUCAGUCGAUGUACAAUGUCAUAAAGGGUUGACUCCUCUCCAUGCAGCUGCAAAACAUGGACAUGCCCAAAUUAUGAGGAAACUUCUGGAUAGCGGUGCUAACCACCAAAUAACGGAUAUAGAUUCUUGGACGCCUUUGCACACUGCAGUGCGCUAUGGAAAACUGGAAUGUGUUAAAACUCUUGUCAGUUAUUUCGAGGAAAAAUGCAAUCAAACGAAUACAAAUAAUUUCAUAUCCGAAAUGGACUCACGAACAAGAUGUGGCAUGAAUUGCAUUCAUGUUGGAGCUCUCUAUGGAAAAUUAGAAAUGUUCAAAUUUUUGAUUGAAAAAGCUCCAUAUUUACUUGAUUCAAGAACAAAUAUGGAUAUGUCGAUAGUUCAUUUUGCAGCUCUCAAUGAAAACUCGGAAAUUUUGUCCUUCAUAGUUCAUCUAGGUGUAGACGUUAGAUCUAGAGACAAAAAGGGCUGGACCGCACUUCACAAAGCUGCUCAAGACGGCACAUUUGAGACAUUAAAGAUUUUGGUGGAUUUUAAUCCGGAUGUCAUGAGAGACUUAACAAAUGAAAACGUCACUGCCCUUCACUUAGCGGUUCAUCACGCAGACGUACGACUGUGCAAAUAUCUAAUCGAAAAUGGCAUCAAUGUUCGUGCGGUAGACGAUUUGAGACGCAAUCCUUUUCAUUGGGCCUGUGAAUAUGGUAGAUUGCCAACCAUUCAAUACCUAUGGAGGCAAAAGUGCUAUAAUAUGAAUGAGAGGAUUCAUGAUGGCAAAAGUGCACUGCAUUUAGCAGUAAGAAGAUUUGAUGGAAAGAGCGUUAUAGAAUGGCUUAUUAAAGAAGGCGCUGACUAUAGAUCAAAAGAUAUAUUUGGGAGGACCCCAAUCCACUAUGCCGCUGGAGGAGGAUUCUUUUGGACCUUGCAGUUUUUAGUAAAUCUAGAUAGUGCUGUCCUGAAAGAUUUUUCAAACGAUAAAUCGAAUGUCCUUCACUUCGCAGCUCGUCAUCCAGAUUCACGAAAGUGCAAAUAUCUCCUCGAAAAGGGCGCUGACUACAGAUCAAAAAACAUGGAUGGUGUGGCACCACUUCAUUUUGCCGCUAGAUAUGGAACAUUUGAGACAUUUAAUUUGUUGUUGGAUAUGGAUCCUACAGUUGUGCAUGACUUGACAAAGGAAAACGAUAGUAUCAUCCACUUUGCAGCGUGUAAUGGAGAUACGAAAAUCUGCAAAUUUCUUGUCACAAACGGAAUUGACACGCUCUUGGUUCAAAAAAAUGGUAAUAACGCACUGCAUAACGCAAGCAAUUUUGGAAUAUUGGAGAAUGUAAUAUACCUAUUGAGCCUCAAAUGCUACGAUAUCAACAGCAAGUCAAUGAAUGGUAAAACUGCACUCCACAUAGCGGCCGAAAGGAACUACACACACAUUGUUAAGUUGUUAGUAAAAGAAGGAGCCGAUCAUAGGUCAAAAGAUAACAACGAUUGGACCCCACUUCACUUUGCCGCUCGAUUUGGAAGCAUUGAUAUGUUGAGGUUUUUAGUUGAUCAUGAUUCUGACGCCUGCAGAGAUUUGACGAAUUAUAACGAAAAUGCUCUUCACUUAGCAGCUUGUAACAAAGAUGUGCAAAUGUGCAAAUACCUCAACAUAAAUGGAAGUUUUGAUGCCUUCUCGGUUGAUGCAAGACAAUAUACCGCUCUGAGCAUAGCAAUAAAGUUUGGAAUCGUAGAAAACAUUGAAUAUCUCACAAGUUUAAACAACGUAGACCCGCACGGAAACUUGUGUUUAACCGACAAUGAAGACGAUGAUGCUACUUUUGCAACUUUGGGUGGACCAGCUGAGGUCUUGAAAAAUUUGCUCCGUUCAAAACACUUUGACAUUAACCGUAAAAACGAGAAGGGUUAUACACCGCUGCACUACGUGGCAAAAAUGGAUCAUUUAGAGGCCACACAGUUGCUGUUGGAAAAUGGUGCUAAUAUUGACGAACUUGAAUGGAACAAAUCUACAGCUCUAAUGCUCGCCGCUCGUUUUGCAUCUGUAGAAAUGUGCAAACUCCUUGUGGAAAGAGGAGCUGACCUAACUUUAAUCAACGAAGAAGGCUAUGACGCUCUCUGUUAUGCAUGCGUUGGACAAAAGAGGAUAAACGUCGAGUAUUUACUCAGUUUAGGAAAGUUUGAUUUGGAAAGAAAAAUAAAAAGAUCAUUCACGGCACUUUUUAUACCAGUUUAUAGCGGUAACGUGGGAAUAGUAAAGUUGCUUUUGGACAAAGGAGCAAAUGUUAACGCCAAGAACGAUCACCAAUCAACUCCAUUGAUGAUUUCAGCUGAAUUAUCAACAGUAGAAAUGUGUCAACUGCUAGUAAAAAAUGGAGCUUUAAUGUAUGAGGUCGAUAAUGAUGGUGAUAGCGCCCUACAUUGUGCUAUUCUUGCUGGAAAAUUAGAAAAUGUCCAGUACUUGGUACAGUUAAUUGAAGAUAAAACUACGGAUGCAUAUUAACUUUAAGAAAACUGGAAAGGUACAGCCCAAACACAUAAUGAAGGAUAUUACGAUUUUACUAACUAAUUUUUAAAAGCGAUUUCCAACGUGUUAAGAAGACGGUAAUGAUAUUUAAGAAAUCGAGGGACGCUAAAUAACUAUAUUAAUAACAAAAAAUUCAUUGAGCCUACCAGGACGUGUGGACAUCGGAAUCGUUAUAAUUUAUAAUCUACUUUCCCCCCCUCAAAUACCAUUUUAGUUGUUUUUGAUAAAAGGAAAUAUUAUGCAAAUGAAAAUUGCACGCGAAUUGUAUCUUCUACUAACCAAUAUUCUGGAAAUAAAUUAACUAAUAUUAGACUUCAUUGUUGUGCUUUUUGAUAAAAAUUGCAUUAUUAUUUCAGUUAUAUUAUAUAAAGAUGAACAUAUUCUGUAAUAAUAAAGAUUUCCAAUUAUAAUAAAAUUUUUAUGCAAAUAAAGUUGAAUGAAUAAAUACGGAAUGAAUCUUAAUUUUGAUAUGUCAGUCAUUGCCCUCACUGGGAUUGUAAUGAAAAACAUUUUCUGUUUGAUAAUGACGAAUAUAUCUGAACAUAUUUUAUCUAAAUAUAAACGACUUAAUUUUGUGUACAAAGAAAUGAAAGCUAUCACGGAACCGGAGGACAAGUCGGACAUUUUGCCCAUGGGCAAACGCUCGGAUGUUCAAGGUUCAGGAGUGAGAAAAAUGCUACCUUAAACUGCUGGCCACUCGUCCUGCAUUCCCGAAGAAGCCAUCGAAGGCACUGCGGCUUUCCUUCACGUUCUCGUCGUAUUUACAUUUCUAUGCACUUAAUUGUGAAUGAAUAAUGUAAGAGGUCCCCACAACUCCGCGAAGACGUUUUCUGUCUAAAUUCAACACAAAAACCUUCUAAAAU